AUGUCGUUGCUCUUAUAUCAAUUCCUUCCUGCUGCACGUUCGCAAUUAUUUCGAACUCGAUUAAACCAAAUGACUAAAGUGUUUAGCACAAGUCAAGUGCAACAUGCUCAACCUGUAACAAAUUAUGACGAAGAGGCGGAUGAUCGUGAUCGUUUCAAGCACGACAAGUUCUACAAUAACGUAGUAAUGUUUGGUUCACCAGUUGUAUUUUGUAUUCUUUUCUAUGUGACCUAUUUGGGACAUAAAAUGGAGCAGCACUUCGACCAAGAGAAAUAUGUCCAUUAUCCAUACCUCACUGUUCGUAACAAACCGCUUCCGUGGGGUGAUGGUAAUCACGCUUUAUUCCACAAUCCAGAGACGAAUUACGUGCCAGGUGUUGGUUUCGAGAAGAAACAAGAAAAACACCAUUGA